CUUUAUCGGUUAUCACGCGAAUGGCAGAGCGUGCGCGAUGGACAAACAGUUGAUGCUCGCGCGUCGAGGAAGACACAUUCGUUGCUAGUCCAGUGUACUUGUGAUUUGUGUUUCGCCGGUGUUAAGGGACAGGUCAAAAAUUUUAUGAAGCGGUAAUAUAAGGAAGAAAAUAAAACAUGCAGUCGUCUUUAAAAUUGCAGUUGUUGACUUGCCUGGCAUUGUACGCGUGUAGCGUGCAGGCGAUCAUGGUUAAGUUCGGCACGAAGGGUGGUCCCAUAGAACCUCCCACGCCGGAGCCACCAACCGCUUCGCCUCGGGUCUUCCAUGCGCCUGCGCCAGUCUGGGAGGAACGGACUAACGACGCACCGGAUCCUAACGCUCAUUGGCGACCCUUCAUCCCCAAACAGACCUACACUCAGGUUUUCUUUAACGCACCAACGACCCAGCAACCGAUCAACAACGCCCAACGUUUUGUUAACUUGUAUGCACCUAGCCAACCUAAAACAAAUGAAUACAACCCUUCUCAAGUACUAAGCUCUCAAGCCCUUCCCGGAUUCGGUCUUCGGUACUUUGUGCCCACCUAUGAUUGGCAGAAGAAAGACUACAGACAAGAAGAUGCAAGACAUAAUCAGGUAGAAACUAACCACGUGGAAAGCGCGAGAGAUUCAUCAAGUGAUCUAUUGUGGAAAUAUGAGAAGGACGCCGUGAGAAGAACUCUUAGGAAUACUUUGGAGUCCACAGUUCCAGUGUUCCAGUGGCAAUGGCCGGCGUAUGUACAACCUCGACAUUAAUAGUACCUUAAACUUUUAAGCUUAAAAGCAUCGCAUUAUCCUCGCAUUCCGUCAUUUUAAAACAGGAUAAAACAUAUGCUUUCACAUAUAGAGGUAUAUAUUUUUUUUAAUUUUAGACGAUUGAGAAAUGUAUAUUAAAUACAUAAUAUACAUUGUUACGUUGUAUAACAUUCGAGUACAAAACAAAAAAUAUCACUUUAAUAAGAUUCACUUGUCAUGCAACUAGGUGUUAGUUAACAUAGCUGUCAGAACAAUAGAUAAUGUCACCAAAACGAGUAUAAUUGUUUUCUAAACUCAUUAAAGACUCUGGCAAGAAAUAAGUUUUCUAGAAAUUAAAUUAAUGGUGUGGUGUUAUAAAUAAAUAUACGUUAUACAAUUAACUAUGAGCUGCGACACAAAAAGAAAUAU